AUGAUCACUUCCUCUUUACAAACCUCCGUGGCAGUGUUUGCCCUAAUAAUUCUGCAUGUCAGUGCUCUGGAUACUUUUAAAGCUGCAGUGUAUGAACAUGCUGUCAUACUGCCAAACGAUACAAAAACACCUGUUUCUCCGGAUGAGGCCUUGCUCCUCAUGAACAAGAACAUAGAUAUUCUGGAGAAGGCAAUUAAGCAGGCAGCUGAGCAGGGUGCUCAGAUCAUUGUGACCCCAGAAGAUGCACUUUAUGGAUGGAAAUUUACCAGGGAAACCAUUUUCCCUUAUCUGGAGAAUAUCCCAGAUCCUCAGGUGAACUGGAUUCCAUGUCAAGACCCCCGCAGAUUUGGUCAUACACCAGUACAAGCAAGACUCAGCUGCCUGGCCAAGAACAACUCUAUCUAUGUCGUGGCAAAUAUGGGUGACAAAAAACCAUGUAAUUCCAGUCAUACCAUGUGUCCUUCUAAUGGCCAUUAUCAAUACAACACCAACGUGGUGUAUGAUAAAAAGGGAAAGCUGGUGGCACGUUACCAUAAGUACCACCUCUACCGUGAGCUUCAGUUUGAUGUCCCCAAAAAGCCGGAGUUGGUGACUUUCAAUACCACCUUUGGAAAGUUUGGCAUUUUCACGUGCUUUGAUAUUCUCUUCCAUGAUCCUGCUGUUACCCUGGUGAAAGAUUUCCACGUGGACACCAUAUUGUUUCCCACAGCUUGGAUGAACGUUUUGCCCCUUUUGACAGCUAUUGAAUUUCAUUCAGCAUGGGCAAUGGGAAUGAGAGUUAAUCUUCUUGCAGCAAACAUACAUAACGUCAACCUAAAAAUGACAGGCAGUGGUAUCUAUGCACCACAUUCUCCCAAAGUCUACCAUCAUGAUAUGGAAACAGAGUCAGGAAAGAUUCUCUUUGCAGAGGUGGAUUCCCAUCCUCGGAACUCCCCGACCUACCCACCAGCCAUGAAUUGGAGUGCCUACGCCACCUCCAUCACACCCUUUCCAGGAGCUAAAAAUUCCUUCAGGGGAUUUAUUUCCCGCGAUGAGUUCAACUUCACAAAGCUCUCUGAAAGUGCAGGAAACCUUACUGUGUGUCAAAAAGAGUUCUGCUGUCAUCUAAGCUACAGGAUGUUAGGACAGGAGGGGAGUGAAGUGUAUGUUCUAGGAGCUUUUGCAGGACUUCAUGGGCAAAGGAGAAGAGAAUAUUGGCAGGUAUGCACAAUGCUGAAAUGCGGAUCUACUAAUUUGGCAACGUGUGGACAGCCAGUAGAAACUGCUCUGACGAGAUUUGAAAUGUUCUCCCUAAGUGGUACAUUUGGAGCAGAGCAUGUUUUUCCUGAAAUGCUACUUUCUAAAAUCAAGCUGGCACCUGAAAAAUUUGAGGUACUAGAAGAUGGGCGUUUGGUAAACAAGAAUGGAUCAUCUGAGCCUGUCCUAACAGUGUCGCUCUUUGGGAGAUGGUACACCAAGGAUGCACAUUCCAUCUCAGGCGGGACCAGCAACUCAGCAACAACGUACCUGAUGAUACCCACAUUAUUAAUGAUCAUAACCUUGCAGUAUACUGUGAUGGUGUAG